GAGAAACGGACAAAAAAAACAAAAAGAAAUAGCUUGCUUUAAUUCAGAUCAUUUUAUAUAUUCUCUGUUUCUGAAUGUAGAUGGUGUUGUAAAAAUGCUUUUGAUAUAUGUGGGGAUUGAUGAAAGAAUUAAGAGAGAAAGAGAUCAUCAUCAUCAUCAUCAAGAUCAUCCAUGUGGAAUGCAAAUGAAAGUCAGAGGCAAACAGGAGGAGAUGCCACAGGGAUAAUAGCAGUUGCAGUGAACAAGGACAAAGGCAGCCAACAUGCUUUGAAAUGGGCUGUUGACAACCUUGCCGCUGUUUCCAAUUCCAGAUCCAAUAAUUCUAUUCUCAAACUUGUCCAUGUCCAUCAAAGAUCACCAUCCUCUGAUUCCGCCGUUCGAAGAAAUCACAACAGCAGGUUGAACCAAAGGGAACCUGAUACUAACAUCAUGGAAAUUUUACUUCCCUUUCGAUGCUUUUGUACCCGCAGACAAGUACAAUUCGAGAUUGAUAUACUUGAGGAUCAUGAUGUAGCACACGCAUUAAUUGAAUAUGUCUCCUACUAUGGAGUUGAGACGUUGCUAUUAGGUGCUUCUUCAAAAACCGGCUUAUCCAGGCUAUUCAAGACUUCAGAAGUUGCAAGCAGUGUGCUAAAACAUACACCUGACUACUGCAAUGUGUAUGUCAUCUCCAAAGGAAAGGUCAAUACUCAACGAAAUGCUUCACGACCAAUACCACCUCAUCAUUUGGCACACCAACCAGAAACUACUGACAUCGCAUCAUCUACUGGAGUUGGAUUAGAAAGCAACAACUACGAUGAGAUGUCAGUACCUGAGAUAUUGGACAUGCCUUUGGAAAGCUCUGCAAGGCCAAGCACCGAUAGCACUUGCCUCUCUUUCUACCACAGUUUCGAGUCUUCCUCUUCUGCCACAACUGCUAUUCCUACUUUUCCGUCUCCUCCCUCUAACUUAUUGGACAUUAAUGACACUUAUUCUUCUUCUUCAAACUUAGAACUCCCAUCCCACCAUCCAAAUUCUGAGAGCUUACCUGAUUUUGAUUCUCUUCGUGAGUUGACUUCCCUCUCAUCCAUAUCACUUGACCAAGAAGGAACAUCACUGGUUUUGUCACAGAAAAUAGAUGAAACAGAACAUAAGAUGAAAAGGCUUAAAAUGGAGGUCAAGCAAACAAUGGAAAUGUAUCAUGCAGCCUGCAAAGAAGCACUGCAAGCAAAGCAGAAAGUAAUGGAACUUCAACAAUGGAAAAUGAAAGAGGAGAAAAGACUACAAGAAGCACAACUGGCAGAGGAAACAGCAAUGGCAGUUAUGGAGAAAGAGAAAGCCAAGUGUAAAGCAGCAAAUGAGGCUGCUGAAGCAUCUCAAAGGGUUGCUGAGAGAGAGAUUCAGAGGAGAGUUGAAGCAGAAAGUAAAGCAUUAAGAGAGGCAGAGGAAAAGUGCGAGGUGUUGGAUGCUUUAUCCCAUUCCCAUAUGGUUCUCAAAUACCAAAGUUUAUACCAUAUAUUAGCAGUUUUAUUUUUAUUCUAUUUUUACUUUUCAAUUUUUUGAUCAAGUGGCCAAUGAUUAUUCCUUCAUUUGUAUUAAUUGUACAUAUAUACACAUAUAUAAAAUUCCAA